AUAGAGGAAGUUUCACAUUUUCUUCAUUGAGAUCUGUGAUUCAAUACAUUUACUCGUUGAUGUAAUGACCUAUGAGAGAUAUAGGUUAAAAACGAUUUAAAUAAAAAUAACACUUACAUAACUUCAACUUCUGGUGAAGACUAGUUAAAGAAAGAAACAAUGGGUAUGCCCAUUUGUGGUGUUUGCAGGUGCGUCAUUGACUUUUUGGCCCCAAGUCUAAUUAAUGUCUAUUGUAGUUAUGAUGUUGAAACUAUGGCAUUUUUGCCUGUGGGUACUCUUGAAAUCGUUCAUCUACUACAAUAGUUAUACUGCCCGCAGUUUAUACAUUCUAUGUGCAGUUGUGGUUUUGAUUUAUCUUUAAUUAACUCUUGUUUUAUUUAUUUUAUUUUGUAUCUAACUUGGUGAAUUCAAGAUUUAUUUGCCUUAGAACAUUCUUCACAGAAAUUUUGAACCCAAAGAUCUGUCCAAAAUAAACAUAAAUUGAUAUCCCAUAAUGCACAAGUUUACCAAAUGAACACAAAUGUGGGUAUUAAAGCUGAUCAGUCAAAGUGUUUCGUUUCAGUAGUAUACCUGAUUUCGAAAAUAUUGCUAUAUUUGUAACAAAAUUUUAACUUAAUUAACAUUUCAUGGAACCGUCUUAACGUUACAUAUACAAUAAUUGGCCACUAUAUGACGAUGCUUAGGAGUUAAAGAACUUCCAUGUAAAAACCAGCUAAGAUACACAAUGUAAGCCAGUAUUCUUGUGUGUACGAAAUUUGAUCUUCCUAGAUACAAAAUUUGAUCUUGUAUAUAAAAUUGGCAUUUAACAUUUUUCAUCCCGCAAAGAUCGUGGGAUUAAUGUUUUCGUUGUUACGAUGUUGAGAGUACGAAGUUAUGGUACGUAUGGGUGUCACGAAAAUCUUGCACUCAAAAUGAAUAGAAUGGAUAAUGGCUACAUUCUGUGUAUAAACGUUCACAUGGACCAACAAAGUCAUUUUUCAUACCUUUUUUGUUUGUCUACUCGUAAUUUUAUCGAGAUGCAUAUAUAGUAACAUAAAAUUUAAUAGAUGCUGAUGUAUAUAUAUAAUGAACAAAUACAAGGAACUCUUUUUUUUUGUAGAUCAAUAAUAGAUUUGGAUAUAUCCAUUAUUUUAAGCUUUUGGUAUCUGAAAUUCUGUUUAGAUGGAUAACAAUGAAUUCCGCUGUUGCUACCAAGUUCAAACUUAUAAGGUAUGGGUAUGUCUAUUUAAUGAAGGAAUGGGUAUGUCAUGGUUUUGGAAAUGAAUCUUAUUUCGUUCAUACGAGUAUAUGCUUAGACACACACAUGGGAAUAGUAGUAAUUGAGAGCGGACUAAAAGAAAAAUGCAUACACAUAUAAUUUCCUUCCUAAACAGUUUCGAGACUUGAGAAUUCACAAUUCACCCAAUAUAGGCACUCGUAUCAAGUUAGAUUUAUUUUAUACUCUUGGAUAGUUGGAUGAUGUCCGUUAAAAUUUAUAUCGUAUAUAAGAAUUUCUGUGACAAUUUAACAUUUACACCCAAAAAAAAAAAAAAUUUCUGUGACAACCUUGUAAGUUUUUGUACAUGAUCUUGAUUUGAUUUGCAAAUCUCUAUUUGACAGCAUGUGUGCUUUGACCCAUAAUUUGAUUUUUGCUGGAAAAAUACAUUUGGACAACAAUAAACAUAUUAUUUUUUUCCAAAAUAAUACACAAAAGAUUUAGAACAGCAUGUUACAAACACCACUUCUGAAUCUACUCAGAUAAUAGUCUCCAUCUCCCAGGUUCUAUGCAUACAUUCAUUGAACCAGCAUCCAUACAGUUAUAAGAAAUACUAAAAUAGUUCAUAAUUUUUUUUGGGUACUUAAAUACAUUCUUUGUUUUAUUUAAGAAAUGAGCAUAGUACAUGUAAUGUAUAUAAUAUACACUAAACAGUCGAUAUGGAGCUCCGUGUCAGCUUUUAUGCUUCCAGGCAUCAUCUCUAGCUUCCUAUAGCAAUAAUAUUAACAAGUUAAUGGAACUGUUACGACGACUAAACGUCCCAACUGCAACAAUAUACAUAUACGAUGGAAAAGUGGCGCUAGAGAAGAAAUAAACCUAUUUAGAGCAUCUUUAUCGCGGUUAAUUAAACCCGUCUCUUCCUUUUUUUUAGAUUAAAAGAAAAUUAAAAAAAGAAGAAAACGCAAGAGACGUGUGUUUUGUCGUCUCGUGAAGGAACGCCUCCUGGUGGACGCGUGUCAACAAACGAGAGGCUGGAGGUUUGGUUACGCAUUAAACGCAUCUCAAACUUGUCUUUCUCUCUCUCUCUCUCUCUCUCUCUCUCUCUCUCUCUCAAGCUCUCGACGAAGGCGAUAUGUUUGGCGAUUUGAUAGAUUAUGCUUGUGAUUGAGCCUCUUGUUGGUAUGAUCGGUUGUUACAUGUUGAUUCUCGUCGAAUCCUUCUCUCGAUGGUUCUCCUCGACGGCGCCGGAGCUUUUACGCGGUGGCUCGUCUCUAAUCGAAAGGUAAUCCGGUUCUUUGUCUCAUGCAUGUGAGUGAUCUCUGUUCAACUUGUUCUGAUUGCAAUUUCUUCUUCUUUUUGGGUUUGUGCGGUUUGAUUUAGUGUAUCGGUGGCGACGGAGAUCUCCUCUACGGUGCGGGAGCUCUCCUCGACGGCGACGGAGCUCUCCUCGAUGGCGAUAAAGCUGUAUGUCGGUGGCGACGGAGCUCUCUCACAGUGACUCUCCUCGAAUCGAAGGUAAAGCUUCUGUUGUCUCAUGUUCUGAAAUUUUUUUUAAUUUUUCAUGGAUCAAAAUCGAUUUGUUGUAUGGAUGGAUCAAAUUUGAUAUGUUCAAAAAUCACUGAUAAAAUCGUUUUGUAUAAGUUCUGACUUGUUGUUUGAGUGUGUGGGUUUCUCAAAUACAUUGUUGAUCAAGUUAGUAGUCUCUGACUUCCGGUUUCUCUGUUUGUAUGUUUUCAAUCUCAACGAUCCACGGUGCAAGAGGAAGGAACCUCAAAGCAGAAGAGUGCAAAGCAGAGCAAUACAGACUGGAGCAUUGGAGCGUGAGUGAAGAAAAGACAAGGAGACAGUGAGUCACAAACACACAUGUGAAGGAAAAGACAAGAGAGACGUUGGAGCAUAGCUCAUGUCACGGACACACACUUUAUUGUAGCAUAGCUCAUGUCACGGACACACAGUUUAUUGUGUAUUAUUGUAUCACAUGUCUAUCUGCCAAGUCUUGUAUUGUUUUGUAUAUCACGGACACAAGGCUUCAAAUUUUAUAUAAAUGAAACUUCUUCUAUCUCUCUCAGUAUCAAACUGCCAUCUCAAGUCCUUCUAUCUCUCUCAAGUUAUCUCAAGUGUAAUCACUUUCUCAAACUUCUCUUUUAUAAACACAUAAUCACUUUCUUCCUUCACAAGUUCUUCUUAAUCUCUCACUUUAUAAACACUUCAACACCUAAUUAAUUUCUUUCUUCACGUUAAACUCUUAGUCACUCUCUAUUUAAACUCUUUUUAAUCACGUUAAUGGCUUCCUCUUCUUCUCAAAACACUUUUGAUGAUGCUUUUGAUGAUACAUUUGAUGAUACAUUUGAUGAGCUUUUUGAUCAACAUUUUGAUCAAGCAUUUGAGGAUUUUACCAUUCAAGCUAAUCAAGAAGAACGAAGAAAAAAAAGAAAAAAACGAGUUUAUAUUGAAAGACAUCGUGAAGAAGGGCAUAAUCGUUUAUGGAACGAUUAUUUCAGUCAAACUCCAACGUAUCCUCCUAAUUUAUUCCGACGACGUUUUAGAAUGAACAAGCCAUUAUUCAUGCACAUUGUGGAUCGACUCUCCAACGAAGUUCAAUAUUUUCGGGAAACAAAAGAUGGUCUCGGAAGGAAUAGUCUCUCUCCACUUCAAAAGUGUACCGCCGCCAUUCGUGUCUUGGCAUAUGGUUCUGCAGCUGAUACCGUCGACGAAUACCUCCGGCUCGGUGAAACAACAACUCGGUUAUGUGUAGAAAAUUUCGUGGAAGGAAUAAUAUAUUUGUUCGGCGAAGAAUACCUAAGAAAACCAACACCAGCUGAUCUUCAACGUCUACUUGAUAUUGGAGAGUAUCGUGGCUUUCCCGGGAUGAUAGGAAGCAUCGAUUGUAUGCAUUGGGAGUGGAAGAAUUGUCCCACCGCUUGGAAAGGGCAAUAUGCUCGUGGUUCAGGUAAACCAACAAUCGUUUUAGAGGCGGUUGCUUCAUAUGAUCUCUGGAUAUGGCAUGCGUUUUUUGGACCUCCAGGUACGUUAAAUGAUAUCAAUGUUCUUGAUCGUUCACCAGUUUUUGAUGACAUAAUAAAUGGUCAAGCUCCGAAAGUCACUUUCUCUGUCAACGAACAUCAGUAUAAUAUGGCUUACUAUCUCACCGAUGGUAUUUAUCCGAAAUGGUCAACUUUUAUCCAAUCUAUUCGUAUACCACAAGGGCCGCAAGCAGUUUUAUUUGCUCAGCAUCAAGAAGCUGCCCGAAAAGAUGUAGAGCGGGCUUUUGGAGUCUUGCAAGCUCGUUUUGGCAUUAUUAAAAAUCCUGCGAGGAGUUGGGAUAAAACCAAAAUUGGGAAGAUUAUGAGAGCAUGUAUCAUACUCCAUAAUAUGAUCGUAGAAAACGAAAGAGAUGGUUACACACAAUUUGAUGUUCGAGGGUUCCAACAAGGAGAAGACCAAGGAAGUUCACAUGUUGAUCUCACGUAUUCUACAGAUAUCCCUUCAAAUAUCGCAAAUAUGAUGGGUGUUCGAACAAGAAUUCGUGAUACACAAAAGCAUCAACAACUGAAAGAUGAUUUGGUUGAACACAUAUGGCGUAGAUUUGGAGGUGGUGAAAACAACAACUGAGCUCUCCUGCUUAUUUCAAAUAAUUCUCGUUCAUUUUAAUAACCUUUGUUUUCAUGUUUUUAAUUUAAAAUCUAUGUUUAAUAUGUUGUCUUUUAUUUACUAAAAAAUAUAAGUUUUUAAAUAAAUAUUUAAUAUUAUUUUAUUUUCAAGAACUCCAAAGCAAGAGACUUGCAAUGCAGACAUCAAAAACUCAAGGUUCUUGACAAAGUCUCUUUAACACCUUUAUGUCUUAAAUAUUAUUAAUUUUAUCUCAAGAGACCCUUAAUGGAGUUGUGGGAUAAUGAUGCUCUAAGUUUGUAUCUCUCUCUCUCUUUCUUAAGUUUGUAUCUCUCUCUCUCUCUCUCUCUCACACACACAUGAAUGCCAUUACAUCAGUUUUCACAGACAUAACCUAGAACGACAUAUCAGCUUGUCUCUGUGAUUUUAGGAGGAGGCAAGCAGAGAGAGAGCCACAAAAUAAUAUAUAUGCAUAUAAAUCACAAUCACUACAAUAUCAAUACGAGUUUUGUGACAUCUUUAUGCUUACAUAGUUACAUGCAUGAUGCAUCUAUCCAAGGAUUGUAAAUUUUUUUGUUUUUAACUUUAUAUAAACACAGCAAGUUAAUGUAGCUAGUAUUAACGACUACUUCCCAACUGUAACAAGCCAACAAUUUACAGAUAAUAUGAAAAGGGAGCAUGCACAAGGCGAAUGCCAAAACCUCGUGCCCCAC